AUGUUUUUCACUUCCAAAGACGUAAGCAAGCCACUGGCUCAGUACGGUCUUACCCAAGUACUAAAGUCUUCGCCCGAUCAGGAUCCUUUCUUCUACCACAACGAAGUGGUCAAGACAGAUCGUCAUGGUGCCCCGAAGCUGGAUCGCAAGGGGAAGCCGGUCGUCUCCACUUCAGAACAUCGAAAAGACAAGGCUUAUUUCAUGAGCUUGGGUAUCCCCGAGAGCGACGCCAAGAUUCUGUCCAGCAUAAAGAAGAAAGCUAUGUAUUACGACGGCCGACCCAAUGCGUCUCUUCUGGCAGGCAAAUUUCGAGUCGCUUUCUUGAUCGGUCUCGUUCCAGUAGUCGGCGACGCGACCGACGCACUCAUCGCUCUCAGCUUCAUCUACUCUGCCAACAAGAUCACGAAUGGCCUGGGCAAGAAGGCUCGUAUGCAGAUGUUGUCAAACAUUGGAGUCUCGUUCCUUCUUGGUAUCGUCCCUGAAGUCGGCGCCCUUCUUGAUGGACAGUUCCGUUGCAAUACUCGAAACGUAAAUUUGAUCGAGCAAAAGCUCAUCCGCCGCGUUAAAAAGGCUCUGGAAGACAAGGAGAAGCUUGCAUUGGAGUCACAACGACCCUCUGAUGAACGCGAACAUGAUGACAUGCUCCGGCAGAGUCCGUCGAAGACUCAUACUGACGCGACCCGUCAUGACAGCCCGCAUGGUAGCACGAGGCGAAAACUUCUGCCCGAACUGCCUAAAGUACCUGACUCCAAUGACUUCUUUACCGGUCCCAAGCAGCACUCGAGUCGAAAGGAGAUCGGCCGUGCCGGACAUCCGGUUGCGCAGCAGCUCCCAAUACUUCAAACCCGUCGCACGGGAGGCAGCCAGAAUAAGAAGUUCAUCACAGCCCGCGAUUUAUGA